AUGGCAGCAUCUGAGCGACCCAGGUCUCACCACUCAGGUCGAGAUCUAUCCUUCCAGGACAAUGCGCAGUCCAACAAAGCUGACGGCCCAGGCGUUGACAGGGUCGUGAGCCUGGCCAUAUCCGAAUGCUCAUCAAAAGAGGGCCAUGGAAAUACUUCAAGUUUACAAGCCCACAGUGCGGGAACAGCGCCGUCAGACACGAUUGGUGCUGGUGUUGGCCGAAAUGCGAGGAAGAGGAGGGGAAUCGCAAUUGCAUGGGUUCCAGCAUGUUUCACUGUCAUCCUGCUGGCUCUGACAGCGCUGUACGCCAUUAGACCCAGUUUGUGGAAGAGUGACUUUAUCAACUCAUCCCCGAGCAAUGCGAUUUUUGUUCUCCGAGCCUUGUCUGAAGUGACGGCGUUCCUGCUUGCGAUUACCGUGGCCUCUUCAUUUGAGCUAUUGCAGUGGCUUCUGACAGUCCGCGAAGGCGGCAUACCGCUGACCGAAUACUUGUGCCUCCAAGAGGGAACUGGGAUUCUGGGACUGAUAAAACUCACUGCCGAGGCGCGGUCCAGUGCCAGGACAAGACUCUGGGGAGGCCUUAGGCUCCUUGCUGUGGUGCUAUUGCCGAUAUUGGGAGUCUUGAUCAUGAGUGAGGUGGGAACCGUGCUCAGGUUUGACAAGGUGGGCCAGACAGUCGCACCGCUCGGUUUUGGGUUGGGAUCUUUGAACACCAGCGUGGCCAUCACAUUGUCACCCUUUACGGACAUCCUACUCGGAGCCUCUUUCAGCCAGUUUCUGGAUGACCCGACUCACGCCGUAGACAUCUCGGACGCCAGUCGCAGGAAAGCUUGCACUGCCACAGCCGGUGUGGGUAGUGGACGAACGUGCGAGCGAUCUAUUUACCUCGCUGCAGGUCAGGAGGAGAUAGCUGCACAGAUAACGACGGAUGCACAUCCGAGAGCCGACUCCUGGCUUGUUGAAGAUCAACAAGGCUAUGUGCUCCGCUUCACUGAAGGAGAUGCUGGCUGGGUAUUUGACAACGGGACAGAAUGCCGGACUUAUUACACUGAGGCGGUUGGGUCUACUCUUGGUGCUUUCAGACUGUGCGCGAAAAACGUAGCCUCGAAUCAGAUACAGGCUAGAUACUCAAGCUGCAGCUAUGCCGACACCCUGGCCAGAAACUGUGACAAGGAGUCAGCAUGGAAUUCAACACCAACUUGGUCAACGAGUCUAUCCUCGACUCUCCGCCAUGCGAGAAUCGCGUACUCGAGACUCAACGGCACUAUCAUCUCUCACGAGUUCAGCAAAAUGUCAGAGACAACGGCACCCCUCAAGUCAACUGAUCUAUUGCAAGCAUGGGACAACUUCCUGGGUCUUGCAAACGACACGGACCUGACAACAUCCACGACACUGGAAAUCUUGGGGCUCGGAGCUGGCAAAUUCAUGUUCCCAGCAAUGAUUGCCUCGAUGUUAAAUUCAAUCGCCGAGCUCGUUUCGCGCAGUCCGGCCCUCCAAUCAAGAGCAGUCAACUCUCUGCAGGCGCUGCUGGCAAUUCCCAUUUACUUCUGCCAGACAGGCUACAUUGAACGUCAGGUUGUCUCUGAGCUGCCGAGCAACAUUCUGUUCACGAACUACGACAACAUCGUUCUCCCCAACGGCCUCGAACGCAACAGCCCGGUGUAUUUCACCGUGAGCAGGAAUCAGAUUGUUGUGGGACUUGCGUCUGUCAUAGCUUAUGUGGUCCUGAGUGGACUUACCCUGGUGCUGUGUUUUAUGGCGCUGGGUGCCGCGACAUUCACCGAGAGAUCGAGGCAUGUCCCCGACACCAGUGCAUUCCCACUCUUGGAUUUCUGCCGUCACUGCAUUGUAACAACGAAGCAUGGAAUGCCCACAAUCAAAGGGCCUUUACAGGGAACGGAAAGCUAUGACAGAGUGGCACUAAGGGAGAUGGACGUCAAAAUAGCCCAAAGAGCUGCAUAUACCUCCGCCUACGAGGGUCGACAUGGAUAG